CUUUUUAACUGUUUCCACAUUCAAUAAAUUGUGUUACUAGUACUUUGAAUUCCUGUCUUAUUUUCAAUAUUAUUAGAUUUCUAUAGCUCAGGCCUCAAAUCCCAGAAGAGUUGAGUUUUCUCAGCAACUUUCUACCCCUCUGCACUUGCUUUAGAUUUAGAGGAUCACCAGAUGGAUGGCACAAUAAGAGAGCUACAGACUGGAUCUUCAUGUGCAGCUUGCAGGAUCAGAAAAAGAAGAUGUGCAGAGAAAUGUCUGCUUGCUCCCUACUUCCCACCAACCAAUCCUGAUAGCUUUUUAACAACAAUGAAAGUAUUCAAAGCAAGCAAGAUUGCCAAGACCAUUAAGGAUACUCGACCAGAGCAACGAUCAGAUGCUGUGAAUAGCAUGAUAUAUGAAGCAAGUGUUCGAAAACAUGAUCCUGUCAAUGGAUGUGCUGGUCUGAUAAGUGAUUUGGAGAUGCAUUGUUUGGAGCUGACAUACCAAUUGGCAGAAGAAAAAGAAGAGUUGAAUGCCUUGCAAAUGGCCUUUCAUCACUCUUCCAUUACUCCUCCUCCUCCUAAAGUAGAAGUAACAGGAACUAUAAUGAAUUUGAUAUGUAGGACACCAGAAGAGCUUGAUGUCCAAAUGGAUGACAUAAUAAUGGGGGAAGAUAAUGCAUACCAGUCCCCAAACUGGGAGGAACUACCUCCUUUUGAUCUUGAAGAAAUUCAGUAAAUGAUAUCUCGGAGCAGUGAUAUUUAGCAUUGAUUCUAUAUCCCUAUAGGUAAUCAAAGUUAAUGGGAUUUCCAUGAUGUGGGCUUGUCUUUGGAUUUUAAUAUGUUUGUAAUGUGGACUCUCUUUGGAUUUUAAUAUGUUUGUAAUUUCGAUUGGAAAUCAUUUGGUUUUCAGAUUUCUUUAUUCCAGGACUCCAAAUUAGUCUAACAUCUAACAUCAUUCAAUG